AUUGAGCUCUACUGUGCCGUUGCCCAACAUCAAUGCUUUCCAAGCCAGUGGAAAUGUAUGUGCAAUAGUAAAUGUCAUCUGUCUAUAUCUCCCGUGCACUGUGGGCUCCCUCAGAACAGCCUUGGUUGGAGGAUACAGAUUGUUAAGAAGUUGACAGAAGCAUUUGAGUGUUUGCUGAAAUGACACCAGGUUCAAACCACGAACUCUCAAGGAAAGCCAUUGAAAGAAAUUUCUGCGUGCUGUACAGACAACAGAAGCCCAGAUCUGAGAGGACCUGCCGGUUGGGGACCAGGACAAAGGAGCAGAGACAAAGAAAAUCCCCUCACUCUAAGACCUGUCGGACGUUUUUGCUCAACGGCCGGGUAAGGAUGGAGCAGAGGGAACCGACAGUUGACUGUCAUUCGGAAGGGACUGAAGGACGACUCAAGGAACUGGCUUCCAGGUGGUUUAUAGAGACGCAAAUGCCGCUCAUCGUCCACAACGGCUUCUUCCCCACGUGGUUCCUGGGCUUCAUUACAAGAAAGGAGGCUGAAGAAAUACUCCGGGAAAAGGAGCUGGGGUGUUUCCUGAUCCGUCUCAGUGACAAGGCCAUGGGAUACAUACUGUCUUAUAAGGGGCAGGAUCGGUGUAGGCAUUUUGUGAUAAACCAAAGUGAAUCGGGGCAGUUUGUAGUGUGUGGAGACACCGAGGGACACGACUCAGUCGCUGAUCUCAUUGAGUACUACAAGUCGAGCCCCAUUCAGCCGUUUGGAGAGUACCUGGCAUCUUCGUGUUUUGAGGCACUGGAUGAAGAGCUCUAUGAUUUCAUCCAGGUCAGCCCCAAAGAGAAACCUCUAGCCACCGACAAAGCUGUGAAGCCCAAGCGAAAGCCACUGAUUAACUCUGCCUCAGAGCAGCCGCCUGCACGGCCCCCAAAGGGCAACAGGACCCAGGAGGUGGUACCACCUUUGCCUCGGAGGAACAGGCCAGUUGCCGAUGACCCCCUAAAUGACCCGGACAGGGCUUUGUACGCUCAGCUCAAAAAGCAGUCACCCAGGGAGAUCCCGAGAUUCCAACACGCCUCCCAGGACAAUCCCCAAGGAGAUAAGGCCGGGAGAGCCGAGAGAUCCUCAACCCAGGAUCAGAGCAGGUGUAGUUCUCCAUCCGCAGCCGAGUCUGUUUACUCUCAGCUCGGCCUGCUGGACAGCAAGAGCAGAUCUCUGCCGCUUCUGGACAACAUCGUAGAUGGAGAGCAGUCGUACCGGCUGAGAGCAUCUCCCCUGACUCCUCCGAGGCUUUCCCCCAAGCCCGUCAGAGAAAACACGAGCGUCAGGCCCCUGCCGGAGACGACGGACUCCAGCAGCAGCCAGAGCCUGGAACACAUGGGCGACAGCGCCGUCUACCUUCUGGCCGGCAGGCCUGGUAGUCCUCCCACCACAUCCUCUGCGACCAGGUACGCCGAGGUCCCGAUGACGUCUCCCCCUCACGAGAACACGUAUGAGCGGAUUCCUGGCCACGAGGAGCCAGCGACACCCGAACCCAACUGCAACACGUACGAGCCUCUGGAGGACAUCAGACCAAAACACAAACACUCUUCCUUUGGGUUAAAGAAUGAUAAAUGGAAAUGGCUGUUCCCUGAGGUCAAGAGGAAGUGGUGAAGAUGUUACCAUUCACUAAUAGAAACUAGUUCACUAGUUUUUCUUUGGCACUACAGAGGUCAAGCCUAAAAUACAGUCUGUGGAAGCUUAUUUUCGACGUGGGCUCACAUGUUCAUAGUUAUUCAAAUGACAUUUUCUGUGUUUUUGCUUUUUAAUGUAUUUAUUUAAUAAAUUAUGCUGUAUUUAAAUUUCAUUUUCUCUAUUUAAAUAAAACGACAGAUUAAAACAGGAAAACCUAUUAUUAAUAAAGGGACCAUAAAGAGAAGAGACUGUUACUAAUCUGUAAAGACAUUUUGCUUACAGGCUGCCACCAUCAAUGCUUCAUUAUGUUCACAGGAAACCUUAUUUGCAUACAGAUUUCCAACGUCUGCAUAUAACUGCAAUGAGGAAGUGUGUCAAAUAUGUUGAAAUGGAAUGUAUUAUCUUCUAUCAUCUGCUGUUCUUUAACUUUGUAGUUCUAGUUCUAGUGUUAUGCACUGAGAUCAAGACAGUAACAUUUCUGUCUUCCUACUUGAAUGCUUUUCAUGGUAACAGGAACAGAUACGUACAGUUUUUAGUUGUUCCCCUGAGAGUAAAACAAGAUCAACCAAUCAUUCAGCUUGCAGCACCAACAAUGUUUUUAAAUUUCAGUCUCUUUCACAACUUAAAUAAAGAUUAUAGAGCGACUUCUAAAAACAAUGAAA